ACCUUAUAUUGUCAUAUUAAGUCUGCAUGUCAAAAUCACCUAUCUACAAGUACCAUCAUGCACUUAAGCUACAUCCAACCUCAAAAUAUCACUAGCAUUAGAGCAAAUAGUAGCUCAUCAUGAACGCACCUUAAUGACGAUUGUCCUCGUAUGCUCCAGACUUCCCCUCAGCUGUAUGUGACCAGGCGCGCCCGUUUAGAACCCCGCAACCCCGCCAUCACCGCAUCCUGUAUACAAGCCAAACAUAUACCAUGUCUAACCAAGAAAUCAACAACGCGCGCUUCAGCGCCGAAGCCCUAGAAUGGGAUUCCAAUAAGAAGCACGUGGAAUCCACCGCCAACGCCCUCGAAGCAAUAAAACGCUACGUACCCGCUUUCAAAGAGGGUAGAAACAAAAACCUUGACGUCCUAGAAAUCGGCUGCGGCACCGGCCUCCUCUCCUUCAUGCUCGCCCCCCACGUCCGCAGCCUAAUCGGCGUCGACACCGCAGAUGGCAUGAUCUCCGCCUUCAACAUCAAACUCGCCAAUCUACCCACUGAACACCCAAACCUCUGCUCUGUGAACCACUUCCUCACCAACCCCGACGCGCACGAACUGCAGAGUGCAGCAGCACUCUUAGCGACGCAUAGAGGAGAGGAACCGAAGCCGCCGUACGAGUACCGCUUUGAUCUUGUGGUGUCGCAUCUAACGCUGCAUCAUAUACCCUCGAUGCCGGAUAUCCUGCAGACGAUGCAUAAGUGUCUGCGGCAUGGGGGCGUGGUGGCGCUGACGGAUUAUGAGGAUUUUGGGCCGGAGGCUGUACCGUUUCAUCCUGUGAGUAAGCGGCCUGGGGUGGAGCGGCACGGAAUCAAGAAGAAAGAAAUCGAGGAGAUGUUGCUAGGGACGGGGUUCAACGAGGUGAGGGUUGAGGAGGCGUUUGUGUUGAGGAAGGAAGUAGAGGCCGAAGACGGGAAGCCGGCGAGGGAGAUGGAUUUUCCGUUUUUGAUUUGCUUUGGUGUUAAGAGUUGAAAGGAAUGCAAUGCAGGUAGAGU